AAAAAGUAAUUCAAACCUUAUUAAAGUAAUGCCAAAAGAAGUUAUAUGCGGCUUUUUAAAAACGUUAUCAAAUGUGUUGUCCGUUUAGAGAACACUUAUUUUCACACGGACUCGAUAUACGGAGGAGAUCCAAUUAUGCCUCUCCAGUUUGUGUACAGCUGCCAGGACUUUGUCACAGAUGUGUGCCGGACGAGUGAAAAUCAUCCUGCGUCGCCAACCACAAAGUUUGAUACGACCAUCAGAGCCGGCUGGACAGAGAGGAUGGACAGGGGACUCUUCCGCUACCAUCUGGGGGCUUUAGAAACACGUGUAUUGCCCGGCUCACAUGGCUAUGUGGCUCAGCUUAACAUUGAGAGGGGAAUAGAGAGAAGGAAGCCUCAGGAGAUUCUGAGCAUUCAGCAGGAAUUUAAUAAAAGCCAGUUUAACUUUAACAAAAUCAAUCCAGAUGAAAUUCUAUUUGAGAUGAUAAAGGACACACAUACUGCUUUGGCUGAUGAGGACCAGAUGCCUCCACCCUCCAGGAUUCUGACGAGAUCUGCUGUCCAGGUCGGUAUCGAGUCUGUCCUCUUAAGCUCUGACCCCGGUUUUCGCGUUGGCUUCAACAGUCUUGGGGCCUUCGCUUCUGUCAAUCAUUUGCACCUUCAUGGAUAUUACCUUGACCACGAACUCAAGAUAGAAUCCACACCAGUCAAGCCUUUGGUGUUUGAAAAGGGAUUUUUUCGCAUGCAGGACUUUCCUGCAGGAUUUUUGUUUUAUACAGAAUCCGACAAGGUGGAGGAAGUUUCAAACAGCGUAUGUGAAGUGACAGACUUUCUUGUGGAUAGGAACAUUGCUCAUAACCUGUUUCUGACCAGGGGAUGUCCUCCAUGUGGUCACGUACCGAGCAAAACGGAUCGUCCUCUGAGAAACGGUGUGCGUAUUGCAAUAUGGCCUAGAAUUGCCUGCUUCGGUGCCAAAGAGGAAUCUGCCUUUAAUGUUGCUCUUUGUGAGCUGGCUGGACAUUUGCCUUUUAAGAACAAACAGGACUAUGAAUCCUCAACCGAGAGAGACGUAAUCAGCACGGUGCAGAGGUAUCUUUUACCUGAAGAUGAGUUUGACGGGGAGAUGUGCGACGGGCCGAAAAACACAAAUGUUCGUCUCAGCCUUCCAGCAGUUUGUAUAGUGUGGCAAACGGCCAUGAUCAUCCUGUUUGGAGUUUUUAUCCGGUACAACAAGGAGUCGGACCCGCACUGGGUCGAAGAAAGGGAAAAAGAAAAUUUGAGUGACAUUGAGAACGACUUCUACUUCAGAUAUCCAAGUUUCCAAGAUGUGCAUGUGAUGAUCUUUGUUGGCUUUGGCUUCCUGAUGACAUUUCUUAAGCGAUACAGUUUUGGUGGAGUGGGUUUCAACUUCCUCAUCGCUGCAUUUGGUCUCCAGUGGGCGCUGCUGAUGCAGGGCUGGUUCCACUCCCUGGACUAUACUGAUGGGAAGAUCAAAAUUGGGGUUGAAAACCUGAUAAAUGCUGAUUUCUGUGUGGCUGGCUGCUUAAUUGCCUAUGGAGCAUUACUGGGCAAAGUCAGUCCAGUCCAGCUGAUGGUUUUGACUUUAUUUGGGAUUACAUUGUUUGCUGUGGAGGAAUAUAUCAUCCUAAAUCUCAUUCAUGCUAGAGAUGCUGGAGGCUCCAUGGUAAUCCAUACAUUUGGAGGCUAUUAUGGCCUGUCCAUAUCAUGGAUGCUCUACCGACCAAAUCUAGACCAGAGCAAAAGCUUGAACGGCUCUGUUUACCACUCUGACGUCUUUGCUAUGAUUGGCACCCUCUUCUUGUGGAUGUUUUGGCCCAGCUUCAACUCAGCCAUAACAGAUCACGGGGACGGGCAGCACAGAGCAGCCAUCAACACCUACCUGGCUUUGGCCUCCACUGUGCUCACUACUGUGGCCGUUUCAAGCCUCUUCCAGAAACAUGGAAAGCUGGACAUGGUUCACAUACAGAACUCUACACUAGCUGGAGGCGUUGCCGUUGGAACGGCAGCAGAGUUCAUGCUGAUGCCCUACGGGUCUCUGAUUGUAGGGUUCUGUUGUGGUAUUAUAUCCACUCUUGGAUAUAUCUACAUCACGCCAUUCAUGGAAAAGUACUUGAAGAUUCAGGACACAUGUGGAAUCCACAACCUCCACGCCAUGCCAGGGGUCAUAGGUGGUAUUGUUGGAGCCAUCACUGCUGCCGCUGCGGAUGAGUCCGUUUAUGGCCGCCAAGGCCUCAUCAACACUUUUGACUUUGUGGGCGAUUUCAAAGACAUGGUACCCACGAAGCAGGGCGGUCACCAGGCGGGAGGCCUCUGCGUGGCAAUCUGCUUUGGCAUAGGCGGGGGCAUCUUAGUAGGUGCUAUCCUAAGACUACCUAUAUGGGGAGAUCCAGCGGACGACAACUGCUUUGACGAUGAGCCCUACUGGGAGGUGCCAGAGGACGAGGAGAGCAUUCCACCAGUUCUGCAAUACAACAACCACAUGCGGAACAAAGAUGUAGCGGAGUCAAAUUUCACCAUGGAGCCGGAGUCUAGGCCUCGAUCAUGAUCUCACAGAGCAAUUUAUUCUUUUAUUUUCACACUGGUCAGAAAGUGUGAUCAGUCAUCUCAUGUCAGUCUCCACCAGCAUUUUUUCUUACAAUGUUAGCAUGAUUUCUUCAAACCUCUAGAAACCUUGCUGUCAUUCCUCUGACUUCCAUGGAAGAAUCGCUUUUCAAUAAAUUUACAUUCAAAUGUCUUGAUGAUAGGCAUUGUUUUGAUUGGCUUCAUUUAAUUGGGACAUAAAUUUACCCAUUAUUUUGCAAACAUAUGUUUGUUUAUCUCCCAAAGAUCUGAUGCAAAAUGUUUUAAUCAACACCGUUGAUUUUUGGUCUUAACUGUUUUUGGGUCUAUGUGACAUAAGAAAUUAGAGGUAGAAUUUAAGAGAAUACAGACUUUUGUGCUUUUCUGUAAGUUUCCUUCAUCCUGCUGUUAUUUACAUGGUGACAGAUUUUUUUGCUGUUGUUUUCUCUUGAUAAAAUUAAAUGUGAAUCAGUUUUGUGCAUCUUUCUGGAGAAUUUUACAAAGAGUUUAUCAUGUUACUAGUUAUGGAUUUGUACUUAAGUUGUAUUGUGAUAUUAAGUACACAUGACAAGCCGUAUCUUUGAUUCCCGAUUAUUUAGCAUUUAUUUUGCACUUUAUCUUUGGUUUGUAAGACGCAAUAAAUGUCAAUAAAAGAACAUUUUCAACUGGUUUUACACUAGUCUCCUCUAUG